AUGGAGGAAGAAAAGACGGGCUUGAGAUUGGACAUAGACGUUCAGAAGCUUGAAACUGAGAAAUUAAGGAAAGAGAAAAAUAAGGCUGAGAGGAGCUGGUAUCGAAAUCGAAAUUCUGAAAUAGAGUUGAAAGAAAGCUUGAGCAAGAUCGAGGAAAUGAAGCAAAGAAUCAAAGAGCUAGAAACGACUUUGCAAAAUUUUGAAAACCGGAUCAAGCACUUGGAAGCGAAUGAAAAUCGUAAUAAGGAACAGCUACACUACUUUCAGAACCAAGUUAGGAGCAGAGAUCAUAUUAUGGAGGAAGCUGUAGUCCAGAUCCGAGAAGUAGCUGAUCAUGUACAAGCUUUGGCAGUACAAGCAGACAUGCUGAGUGGAACUGAUAAAGGAAAAGGCUUUGUUCUCAAUGUUGAAGAAGGAGACAAUGAGGGACCUGUUUAUCCUCCAGACUUUACCUUCCAGCAAGUUGAGAUAUACCCGCGUAGGUCCUCCGUUACCAUUAAUCCUCAGUAA